GGAAGACGGUGGUGCACCAGCUCUCGGUGUCUCUGGAGGACCUCUACAACGGCACCACGCGCAAGCUGUCCCUACAGAAGAACAUCAUCUGCAGGAAAUGCGGAGGCUGCGGGGUGCGGGAGGGCGCGCAGCGGCGGUGCCCCAAGUGCCACGGCUCGGGCAUGGAGGUGCGCAUCCACCAGCUGGGGCCCGGCGUGAUCCAGCAGAUCCAGACGGUGUGCUCCCAGUGCCAGGGCCAGGGCGAGUGGAUCCGGCCCCGCGACUGCUGCCUCACCUGCAACGGCCGCAAGGUGGUGAGGGAGAAAAAAAUCCUCAGCGUCCACCUGGAUAAAGGUAUGAAGGACGGGCAGAAGAUCACUUUCCACGAGGAGGGUGACCAGGUGCCUGGCCUGGAGCCUGGGGACAUCAUCAUUGUCCUGGACCAGAAGGAGCACCCGGUGUUCAGGCGGAGCGGUGACGAUCUGAUCGUCAAGCGGGAGAUCAGCCUGGCAGAUGCGCUGUGUGGCUGCAAGCAGGUCAUCCGCACGCUGGACAACAGGACCCUGCUCGUCGCCUCGCAGCCAGGUGAUGUCAUCCGACCUGGGGACCUGAAGUGCGUCCCCAACGAGGGGAUGCCCGUCUACAGGAGCCCCUUCCAGAAGGGAAAACUCAUCCUCAAGUUCGAGGUGAAGUUCCCCGAGCCUGGCUGGCUGCCCACCGAGCGCCUGCGCCAGCUCCAGGCCUUCUUCCCACCCCAGGAGGAGGUGAUGGCCACUGAGGACACGGAGGAGGUGGAACUCAGUGACUACACGUCCCAUGGCAGUACGGGCCGGCGGCCGCAUGGCGAAGCCUACCACGAGGACGACUUCGAGGACGGCACCCGUCAGCACGUGCAGUGCCAGACCUCGUAGCCGAGGCCGUCGGGGGCUCGUCCCACGCAGGGGGCAGGGGGCAGCGCGGUGGGGAAGGGGCUCGGAGAGCCGUCGACCUUCAGGGAUGUACAUAGGUCACCUUUCCCACAGCACUCGCCCUUCUCUGGGAGCCAUCCCCUCUCCCUGCGCCAGGACGGCGCAGCCCUGGACUGAUGCUGAGCGGGGGCCGUGCUGCCUGCCUCAGUUUCCCCAUCCAAGGUGUGGGGCCAGGAGCACCGUGCCCAGCACCAGGCAGCUCCGAGCGUUCCGCACCGAGGAGCUGGGUGGGGAAGGCUCCAGUUCUGCUGCCCUCCACCUGCUCUGCCCUGCGCAGGGCUGAGGACCCCCCACCCUGCAGCCCCCACCCCGUGGGGUGAUGCUGCCGCCGGUUCACUUGCUUUGCCCAUUUCUUUCCUGCUGGAGCCUGGGUCUGGCCUGGGGAGCGGAGGGGGUUUCUCUUUUCUCUUUGCACAGAAGGGGGUAGGGGGGGACCUGGCCCUUUUUAUUUAUUUUUGGAAUAAUUUUA